ACCUGGGAGGUCCGCACCUGUCUGUGGGUGCAUGUGACCACAAGGGGUCACUGCAGGUGUACGACGUGAACACGCAGCACGCAGUGGAGCUCCUCAGAGCGCCUCAACAGCUGAGCGUAAUCUAUCCUGAUUGGGAGCACGCACACACUAGGGUUCAUAAACAGCAAACAGCACAAUCCUCUUGUCCAGUGAGCAGCAGCAGCAGCAGCAGCAAACAACACAAUCCUUUCAAUCAGCGAGCAACACAGCAGUAGCAGCAAACCGCACUGAGCUCCACGGAGAAAGGAAAAAACUCAUGGGAAGAGGAGACCAAAGGGACUACCGGUUUUUCACCUUGAUUGUUUGGCUCGAUAAAACCCGAAUAAAGAGUGAAAUCCCAGUCUGGUCAAGUCCUUCCUUUUCAAGUGUGGAAACCCAUGACAUUAAAAUACACUUGCCAGUGAAAAAACGCCUGUGACCGGAGAAGACUCCACUUGUGGCCACAACCGAGAGGGAGGAUGGCAAAGUCACUGGAUUUGAAAGUGGAGAGGACCACAGCUAAGAGACUUUUAUCCCGUCUUGCCAAUAGCAUUAUGAGGACCCACACAGAGAUGUCUAAAGAGGACUUAAAGGAGAACUUCAAGAAGCUUACACUAGAGAGCUCCAGAGUCAUGGAUGCAAACGAAGAAAUGGAAGCCGCUUACAUGGCAGAGGCCCAUGUAACGACUGUGGAAGAUCUCGAUGUGCAAUUGAGAACCGACUUAGAGAAGACGGAAAAGGAUUGUGAGCAAAAGACUAGAGAAGUUAAACGCCUAAUUCAAGAGACGCUCUGGGGCGUAUAUGGAGGAAGAGAGCUGUCCCUAGCCAUCCAUGUUGCAGAGGUUGAGUGCAGAAAUGUCUCAUCUGACCAGCCAGACAGAGCUCUGGAGUCCUAUGAGUUCAUGCUGACUCACUUAGAGAAGUUGGAGCUUAAGGCAAAAGAAGCGCACCAGAACUGGAACCGCUGGGCUCCGCCUACCGAACAAAGAGACUUUGAUGACCGCCUAAGACAGCUGGAGGUGCACCUUCCCCAGUUGGUGUCAAGAAAGGCCGCCUUCAGCAAAGCAGCGAAGAUGAAAUUGGAUGCAGAUAACGAAGAACUCCCAGGUCGCCGUCCAGUGGCAGCAAUAAAGCUAAAAGCCACAGCCCUACCAAAGUUUGCUGGUAACCAGAGAGGCUACUACAGAUGGAGGCAAGAAUGGGAGGCUCUGCAGAAACAAGGGGAACCGACCGGCUCCAAAGAGAUGACAUCCUUCGAGUCCUGGAGAACCGGUUUGGAAACCAAACCACCAUCGCUCUCGAGAUCAUCGAAAAGCUACAAGCGACUCCACCAGUUCGGAGCGGUCAGCAAAGAAAAGUCAUAGAGCUCAUCCAAACGGUGGAAAAGGCCCUUUAUGAUUUGAGUGACCUGGAUAAUGGAGACGCCAUUAAGAACCCGAU